GCUGAUAGUCCAUUAGAUGUUCUAUUGUUUACUGUUAAUUUGUUUCUUUUCUGGUUCAUUUGAAUUUCUCUCUUUUUUUUCAAUCUUCAGUUUUGCUUUUGUUUCUCCCUUUCAAUUGACUGAUCUUUAAUUAUUCUUGAUUAUUGUGAUUAAUUUUCACUUGUUUUCGUCUUAAUCAUCAUCCACCAGCAACAAUCAAUAAUUAAGGUGAAUAAGCAAAAAAAAUGGUGGUUAAUGUUGAUUAAGAAUAGAUUUCGAUUACCUCGAGCUACAACCAAGCCAACAUCUUCUUCUACCCCAACAACUGCGACAACAACCACAACCGUAACAUCAACUACAGGAAAAUCUUCAGUUUCCAAACAUGAUGAGGAAUAUCAACCAUCAUCAUCGUCAUCGUCUUCAUCUUCAUCUUCUGGUGUUGCUGGUUCUUCUGGUGGACCAUCAAUCAAUUGGGGUAAAUGUCCACAGUUAGAGCCAACCAAUGAGGAGAAGAUUAAAAAAGCUGCCGUGAUUACUAAAUGUUUAGAAUCAACACCGGUUCCGGUUAAUAUUACUCGAGAAACUGUUGAACUUCAUCGUGAACAAGUUGCUGCUUGUGCUUUACGAAUGGAAGGUUGGUUUAAUGGUCAAGGUUUAUAUCGAUUUGAUAAAGCUGAGAAUGAGAUUAAGGCUAAAAAAUUGAUCGGUGAGGUUGAAGAAAAGGUUUUAAGCUUCCACCGGCAGUGUAAAGAAGAGGCUGAAGAUAAGUAUCCCGUCUCAUCAAAUCAAUUGAUCGCUCAAAUUCAAUUGUAUCAAGCGUGUAUGGAUUACUUUAUCUCUGAAGUAUGUGGAAUUGAAGUUCAAAUACCUGGAGCAGAAGGUUCGUCGCUUUCAGGAUCAUCUGAGUAAAAAAUUGAUUCCAAAUAUCAUUUAACACCAACGUACCAAAAUUAACAAUCAUCAUUAAUCAUCGUGUUUCCAUCGCCACCAUUUUGAUCAUCGUUACAAAUCAUUGGUACUGAUAACUUGGUCUGCAUCCUCAUUAUAUUGAGAUGUUUUCGAAAAAAUUAAUUGAUGAACUGAAUCACCAACAACAAUCAACUCUCAUGAAAUGGAAAAAUUUUUACCUCUCUCUCUCUCUCUCGCUUUCUAAUUGUAAACAUUGUUGAUCCAAUACUUUUUUCAACCCAAUUUUUCACCAUUUUUUUUAAUUAUUAUUGUUAAUUUCACCUAAUAAUUGUUACGAAUGUUUACUAUUUUAUAAUCAAUUGAUUAACAUGUUCUGUUAAUCAUUUACACGGACACACAAUUCACUCAAUCAAAUUGUGCUACUCAAAAUUGAAUCAAUUCCUAUGUUAAAACUGAAGAUGAAACAAUUUGUCAAACCAAAGUUACCAAAACAAAUCCAUGGACAAAUUAAUCAACUCAAACAACUUUUAAAAAACUUUAAUUAUACUAUUAUAAUUUUAAUUGUUAACAAUUAACAAUCAAUCAAAUUACUUUAUUUCAUGUGAGAGAUAAAGUUAAUUUGUGUAAAUCAAGACAAUUAAAAGACUCAAAACAAAAACAA